CCAAAGCCGCCAAAACUUUUCACUCAACUAGACCUCAACGCAACACAUUGUUACCCUAUGCUCCCGUGCAGGCCCAGACACUACGCAGGACGUCAUUCAGCUUCACGCCCUGUGUAGUUCACCCUCGAUUGAGGCACAAAAGUCAAAGCCUGGUCGCAGUAGACUGGAAGCGUAACAGAAAGUUGAACACCAGAAGAAUGAGUGUGGUUUGAGUAGGAGCACGCGCUGGGCGCCCCAUACUAAGGCAUUUUUGUUUGAGUAGAUGUCUCCGGUCAUGGCCUCUGUCCGUCGACGCGCGCGAGGGCUGCUGAGCUUGUUAGUAGUCCUCGCAGUGAUGGCAGCGACCAGCACCACCGCCGCGACCAGGGUAACGGCGCAUAUAUCAAACCGCCAUAAUCUGCGUGGGCUUCGCAAGGCCGUUGGGCGACAGCCCUCAGCUCGGCGUUUGAUGGUUUCUGGAGGCCUGACCCGCCUCGACGAGCUCGGCAGCACACCCCCCGGUGACACCGAGGCGGCUGCCGGUCCCAUCCCAGUCACCACACGGGCGGGAACAUGGGACGAGGAGUGGGAGGCCGUCAUAGCAAACCAGGUGUCGCCCAAGCCCAAGACAGGCAGCGCAAAGCGGGCGCAGCCGCCUCCAUCGCUUCCCCCUGUGUCGGAGGAGGAGGCGGCCUCACCACCACUGGCGCCUACGCAGCAGGACGCCUCGCCUCCGCCACCCAAACCCACACAGGCAAUCCUGCGGCUGGCACGGAUGCCCAGGCCGCCGCCCGCGCCGCCCGCACCUCCGGCUCCGCCGUCGCCGCCGUCGCCCCCGGCACCGCCCCCGGCGCCGCCCUCGCCGCCGUCCCCGCCGGCGCCUCCGCCGGCGCCGCCCGCCCCUCCGGCGCCACCCUCGCCGCGAAAACCGCCUAUGCCAGCCCGGAAGCCUUUCGCCGGCAACGUUGAGCGUGGCGAGGAGAACCCCACCCCCUCCAAGGAUGCCGCAAGCCCGCCGCCCUCGCCCCGCCCCCCAUCCCCUCCCCGCCCGCCACCGCCUCGCCCACCGUCGCCUCGCCCGUCUCCUCCGCCCUCCCCAUCCCCGCCCGGGGCGCCCGACGGCCCUUCCGCCUCCAACAACCCACUCAUUGACAAGGCCCUGAUCCUGGAGAGCCACAACUGGCUGCGGCGCGCCACUGGCGUCCCCGACCUCGUCUGGAGCGACGACCUGGCGGCUUCAGCCCAGGCCUGGUCCAAUCAGUGCGUGUUCGAGCACACGCGCAGCGGCUACGGCGAGAACCUGGCCAUGGGCGGCUUCCGCACUGCGGCCGACGUGGCGCGCGGCGUGGCGCUGUGGACGGGCGAGGUCUGCGAGUACGACUGGAGCAAGCCGGGCUUUGGCAUGGACACCGGCCACUUCACGCAGGUGGUGUGGCGCAACACGCAGCGCGUGGGCUGCGGCUUCCGCACCUGCGAGGGCGGCGUGGCUGGCUACGGCUCCCGCUCCGCCGGCGCGGGCGUGCUGGUGUGUCAGUACGACCCGCCCGGCAACUACCUGUCCUCCAGUCAGUUUACGAACAACGUGCUGCGGCCCAACCCCAUGCCCGCAUGCGACAAACGCGCCAUCGGUCGGCGGUAAGCCGCUGGGUGCGGCUGGCAACUGCCAGCGCUGUUCUUUUUUCCGGGUAUUUAUUGCUUAUCUCAAGGUGUCACAACGCGACGGCGCCACCUGCGCACAGUGGAGAUGGGGAUUGCGGGGCAGUAUGAGUAAAGGAAGAGCCGCGAAGAGAACGAGUUUGAGUCUCUAUGUAUGGUAGGCAGUGUGCCGCCAAAUGCGGCUAGCGUGCGCGCUGACUCCAUUUCCGUUUGCCUUGGAGGAGGCGGUCUUGCCAGGCACGGCCUUUGUCUGGCACCAGCCUGAUUUGUCUCCCUUUUUAGGGACAGGGUAGAGAAGAAGAGAAGUCACACAGACGACCUGAAGCCUUACUACUUACCACGAUUUUACUACAAAGUUGCUACUGUGAAUGGCAAAUGCGCGCUGGUUGUUUCAAGCGAUCACGGGAGGCGGUUGUUUGCAGUUGAGGCAUGCAGGUGCCCAACUGUGUUUUGGUUGGUGAGGCAAGGCGAGGAAAACAUGGAAAAGUGCGGAGGGCGUGACGAGACGUGUGCUGUGCGUUUUACGUGAUUGUGUGCAUUCGGACCGUGUAUGACGAUGACAAUGGUGGCAACAAACGUGGGUGCGUACCCGACUGCAUGUCAUGGGUGGAGACUUUGCGUGAGCUCGAGUGCAUGUGCGUGUCUUGUCACGAGUGUGCAUGUGUCAUGAGUGCCUGGUCCUCGCUUCCGCCUAGGCACCUGAGUGAACUGUCUGCCCGUCAAGGGCGCGGCUCGCACCGGGUUUGCCUUGUCGUUUGUUGCGCGCGUGUUGGAGUGGUCAGUCGCGCGAAGUGGGGGGCCCGGCGGGAUCCGCCGUUGACUUCCGUGUGAGUUUUCUGCCCGCGCCACUGGCCGAAAAGGCCAGGGCUGCGGUAGUGUGGGAGCGCACCGAAAUGGUGCGCGCUCGCAUCACAGCUGUAGGCGCCCUGCGGUGCAGGUAGGGGGCCUCGGCUUGACGGGGUAUUGCUUGCGCUUUUGCAAGGCUUAGAUAGACGUGCUGACGACAGUUUAGACAAGCGCAUGGAGCAAUUGUGCAGUUGCCGGGGCGUUAGGAUAACAUUACAAAGAAGCAUCUCAACCAACAUGUAGUAUAGCAGUAAGCAUGCGAGAAGAUGUCCGUUUGAGGAAGGGGUUAGUAAACACAUUUCAUUGGGUGAGGUGCAGAGUGGUGUGUCAAGGCACGCUGUCGUCGAUGCCGUCCACAGGAUGCGGUGCUGGCGAUGGCAAGCAAAAGCAAGGUGGAGGUGGAGCUGAGGAUUGCAUGCACGCAACUUGACGCUGGCUAUGAACUGCUACUAGCGGUAUCAUAGCGUACGGUGGACACAAGAUUGCGCACGCUGCCUGGUGGCAUGAAUGUGUGCUUGCAGUACCGUAUGUAAAACCCGUACUGA